AUGUCUGCUUCCAAGUCCUAUCUCGAGCGCUCCAAGCUCCAUUCCAACCCCACGGCCAAGGCCUUUUUGGAGCUCAUGGAGCGCAAAAAGUCCAAUUUGUCUGUCGCUGCUGAUCUCACCUCCAAGGCAGCACUGAUCGAGUUGGCAGACAAAGUGGGCCCUUAUAUCUGUCUGCUCAAGACCCAUAUCGAUGUCGUUGAUGACUUUGAUCACGACUUGGUGGACCAGCUCACGGCGUUGGCCAAGAAGCACGACUUUAUGAUCUUUGAGGACCGCAAGUUUGCCGAUAUUGGCAAUACUGUCAAGCUUCAGUACAGUUCUGGUGUGUACAAGAUCGCUUCCUGGUCCGACAUCACCAACGCCCACACUGUUCCCGGCGAGGGCAUCAUCCAGGGACUUCGCGAGGUGGGACUCCCCUUGAACCGCUGCCUACUCUUGUUGGCUGAGAUGUCGUCUGCAGGAACCUUGGCCAAGGGCGACUACACCAAGACGACGGUUGAAUUGGCACGCAAGUACAAGGACUUUGUCGUUGGAUUUAUUGCCAUGCAAAGAUAUGAGGACAAGGAGGGCGAUGACUUUAUCUACAUGACGCCCGGUGUUGGACUGGAUCAGACAUCCGAUGGGCUUGGUCAGCAGUGGAAGCACCCUCGGGAGGUCGUGUACGAUCGUGGAUGCGAUGUUAUUAUUGUCGGACGCGGUAUUUAUGGCAAGGGCAGAGAUCCUGCCAAGGAGGCGAAGCGGUACCAGGAAGCCGGAUGGGACGCUUAUUUGGAGAGGAUCUCCAAGUAG